AUACGGUCAUGUGGGCAAACAGCGUCCAGAAAGCCGCUAUAUAAACCUCCAGCUCAUCUGUCAGAGGAACACUGACACUGCUUCAGAACUAGUGAAGAUUCUUGCUGCGCAUCUGUCAUAAUGCAUAAUGGAUGGGGAUAUGCAGACCAUAACGGACCCGACAAAUGGUAUGAAGACUGUGAGAUUGCUAAUGGACCUCGCCAGUCUCCAAUAGACAUUCAAACCAGUGGAGCAUCUUAUGACGAAUCACUAAAACCGCUUAAACUGCAGUACGACCCUUCCACUUCACUGGACAUCCUAAAUAAUGGACACUCUAUCCAAGUGUCCUUCGCCGAUGAUGUCGACAGUUCAACUCUGACGGAAGGCCCGAUCUCAGGCAAAUACAGACUAAAGCAGUUCCACUUCCACUGGGGAGCCAGUGACGACAAGGGCUCUGAGCACACAGUCGAUGGGAAAUGCUACCCAGCCGAGCUCCAUCUGGUCCACUGGAACACAAAAUAUCCCAGCUUUGCGGAAGCAGUCAGUAAGCCUGAUGGUCUUGCUGUGGUCGGAGUUUUUCUAGAGAAUGGAGCAAAAAAUCCUAAUCUUCAGAAGGUUCUGGAUGCUGUGGAUGCAAUCAAGUUCAAGGGAAAGCAGGACUCAUUCACAAACUUUGACCCAACAGUCCUGCUCCCAAAGUCUCUGGAUUACUGGACAUACCUGGGGUCUCUGACCACCCCUCCUCUGCACGAGAGUGUCACAUGGAUCGUCUGCAAGCAGCCAAUCAGCGUCAGCGCGGAGCAGAUGAAAAAAUUCCGAUCUCUGCUUUUUACUGCAGAGAAUGAGAAGGCCUGCUGCAUGGUGAACAACUAUCGCCCUCCUCAGCCUCUGAAAGGUCGUGUGGUCCGUGCAUCUUUCAAAUGAAGGAAUACAUUCCCCCCCCCACCCCCCCCCCCCCACCCCCCAC